AUGCCGGACCUAAACCGUCGCCGCCUCUUGGACCAGAUUUUCGAAUCGUGCUCUACAUGGAAGCUGCCUAAUUAUGAGAGGUCACAUGUUUCGAGAUCUUUGGGUAGCGCUCCAGUCUCGAUGUCCUCGCGUGACGCCUCGGUUCUCACUAACCCGUUAAUCCGCAGGCAUGCGGUGCAGGUUCCUGAUCAUCAUCCGGUUUGGGCCAAUGGCAUGGGGGUUAAGAGCUUUUGGGUCCAUAAAUCGGGCACGUUACCCAGACCUGACUCUUUCUCUCUUUCGCGUCUUGACCCUCGCCCAGUCACUACCUCAUAUUCCUUCCAUUGUGAACCCAAUUCUUUAGGCCCAUCAACCUCUUCUGAUCUCCUCAGAUCAGCCCAAGAAAUUUCGCUAUCCUCCUCUCUUCCUAGUCCACUCCCAAAACCCAAGCCUAGCCUUGUCCUUUACAACGCAUCCUCUUACUCUUCAGCAUUAGUCCUUGAUUCAACCAUAUCCCUUCUAUUUCUCAUCAUUCCCCCCUUCAAUCAUUCGUCGUCAUCCUGUAUCCCCUUUCCAUCAUACCUUGUUCCUCCUCCUUGCUCCCCUCUCGUCCCCCCCCCCCCCCCCGAGAUGAUCCAAUCUGUCUCUUCCUCCUUGUUUAUUCCAAACUCGCAGUUCAAUUUUUCUAGCCAUCCCUUAUCAUUUUCUGAUUCUCCCGAUCCUGUUGAGCCAGAUCUCCUAGCCAUCAUCCCGUUGAGCCCUCUCAAUUCUAAUUACUUUGAUUUGUGGCAGAUCAGUCAGGACCUACUCAACCUAAUCGUGCAGAGUUUAGAGUUCUCUGCUAUUCUCAAGCUUUCGGACUUAAUGUCUGUAGAUAGUGCUAAGCAGAAGGUCGCUCUCACCGCGGCAGAAACUCAUCGGAAGAGAAAUAGGGAAUCGAGAUCUAAGUUGGAAAUGGAGCUGCGUAGGCUGGGUCUUGACUGUCCUCCUCCAACUUCAAGAUUUUGGAAUCGCUCGGCCCACUCGAUAUAG